AGCCGUUGUUUUUUUUUUGUUUCUUGCCUCGUUGCAGAGGGUAGAACCGGCCUCAAGACGUGCCACGCACACGCACACCCAAACUAGCACGUCACUCCCGAGUGUGGCAGCAGCAGCAGCAGCAACAACAAAAUCUAUUCCUUCGCUUUACGGCUGUAAUUGUACCAUUCUCACCCCCUUCUUCUUGUGUUUUUAUAUCUUUAAUCGUUUCUUAGAUGCUUGGCGGACCGUAUCCUCCACGGGUGGUACCCGCCAACACCACUGGCGACGGUGCAGUUGGCUACCACAGCGUCGACCGUGUCGACCACCCCUCUGUGCGACGCGUCGCCGCCCCGACGACGACGGCGACCACCGCAACCGGACUGCAGCCGACCCCCUUCGCACCCUGCGGCAUCCCGUGGAACCGGCUGUACAGCUCCAGCACUACACUCCGACCACAAGAGAACCACGAGGACCGGCGCAGCUACAACAGCAGAGCGGAGGCAUCACCGCUGCGAAACAGUCCGCGAUCAACCCCGCCAGCGCCUUCUCCGGCGGGCGCUGCUGCUGCUGCUGCUGCUGCUGUCUCUUCGUCCCUGCUCUAUCGACCCCCGUACUUCUCCGCCACGUACCCGUCGCCUCCGCCACCGCCGCCUGCUCCGACCGGGGCACCGGCAACGGUCGUUGCCUACGACGCGGCUGUUAGCCAUCGCUACCACGCCGACGAAACCAUUCCCGCCUCGCAGCGCCACACGGCAGCAACGACACAAGCCCCGACGUCCAUUCUGUCGACGAGCACUGCGCUGAGUAGCCGAUAUCAACAAAUGGCAGCGGAGCACCGCUACGGUGCAGCACUGCCGGCUGCAGGUCAGGCAAAGGCGGCGCAUGCUCGACAGGAGCGGCGCGAUGACGUGACGCAUCACCAGAACGGCUCUCGCGACGAGGUCGGUGCUCUCCCGCCGCGCAGUACCCAAAACAGACGGCAGUCGCCUUUUUCCAGCAAGCGGAAUGACGACGACAGUGACGACGACCGGGCUGAUCGAAAGGGCGUUGAGGGGCCGCGCACGAGCCGUUCGAUGAGCAGUCGUGUAUCGCAGAAGGGCAGCACCACCGUCGCCGUUGCGCCGAAGGAGGAGACGCGUCGAAGUCGCAGCAACAGCAGCAACAGCCGCCACAGCCGCGGACCACAAAGACGCGGCGGCCCUGUGCGAGCGGCGUCCUCUCCACCGCAGCGUCCCACACGCACCGCGGCUGUCCCGCGUCAGACACGUUCUGCCUCGCACGCCUCCCCCCGCACCGCGCAGUGGGCGGUGAAGUUGAUUGACGAGUUUGUCGCGCAGGUCGCCGUGCAACAGGCCUCCGCCGCCACGGGGCCCGCCAUCGUCUCUACGCCUCUGCCCUCCACGAGUCUCGGUAGACGUUGCACCGAUGCGAGGGGUGCGACAGUUGCCGGGCCUCACCAGAAAGACCCCACCUCCGUCACUGUGGCCGAUCUCACGACGUCGUUUCUGGCCGCGCGCUACGGUGCCCUGCAGUGGCGGCCAAUGCUGCAGGAGUUUGCGGUGUGCCUCCAUCGCUUCCACCUGUUGAGCCCGACCUGCGCCGUCUUUCGUGAGUACUUCAUUCACGUGGACGCCGACGCGCUGCGGGAUUUUCAGCUCUUCUGUCGCCUCUUCGCCGCAGCAGACAUCCCGCACUGCUCCACGGUGGAGACGCGACGAGUAGCGCUCGGCGACGGCCAGCGUCGCAAAGACACCCACACCAUCGUCGCCCGUCGCUACGUCGAGGUGCGGGAGGUGGUGGACCGGCUGCAGAGGAUGCUGCAGCGCGUUGUGCUGCUGGACACCGCCCCGUGCGUGGUGGUGGCAGACGGAAACUUCGGCGAUGCCUCGCGACGCCGCAGCCAUUCCGCUAGCACGGCACGUCGUUGCCGCCAGGGAGGUGACGUGUCGUAUCGCUUCGGUCGCGGGCCACCGGCGCGCACAACGACGGUGCCGCGACGACGGCGGUUGACAGCGGAUGAAGUGUACGCCGUGAAGAGGGUGGUGGUGACGUGGCUGGAGGACUCGGUCGAGGCGGAGCGGGAUGCAGCGGAGAGGUCGGCCGAGGAGGAAGACGAGGACGCGCCGACGACGCUGCGGCACAUCGCGUUUGAUCGCCCGGGCCGGGUGGACGCGUACGCGCUGCUGCAGGCGACGUUGGAGGCCGUAAAGCUUCUUUGCAACUCCGCCCCACCGCCGCAUCGUACGUGUGCGGACGUGUCCAACAGAAACGAAUUGGAUGCGGACGACGACGACGACGAAGAAGAGGCGGAGGCGGAGGACGACACGGAGGGAGACCUUCGGCGAGGAAAAGCGGAGAGGGCACCGGUCUUGGUAGAACACAACGGGCGUGAGGGACGAAGGCAACGCCAGGACGGGGCACGCACCACCUCUCCCCAAGCACAUCAGCAGCCACCGUGGCAGGCGACGGCAUCAAAGCCGAUGAGUCCGCUGGUGCGGCACGUUUUAGCCUCGCCGCCGCACGGAUACGCCUACCCCGUGGAGGAGCCGCACAAGUCAUCUCCCGUCUCCGCCGUGCGCGGACGACUGACACCGUCGUCAGCGCGUUGCUCCCCAGUCCGUCCUUCUCACGCCUCGCGACGACACACGAGCGAGGUGGACUACUUCGAGGGCAACUUACCCUACGAGGAGGAAGAAGGAGGAGUAGAAGAAGAAGCCGGUGAUGAAAUGGCGGAUGGACGCCGCUGCCGUAGCGGCAGCGGUCACGACGAGCGACGCAGGGAUCACACACCGUCGUACCGACAGCCUCGCGCUGCCUCCGCCGCCACCGCAGCUGCGAUCGCGGUGCACCGCGCCCCCGACGGUCGCCUCUGGUCCCCACCGCGCGACGGUGUGCUUGUGCAUCGUGGAGGAAGAGGGGAAGGACAGAGACAGCCUCUGUCGCACAGGUCAAGUCGUAGCCCGUCACGCCGUCGGUCCUCUGCUCAACCCGGUGACGCGGUCACGUCGCCUCGCCUCUCCUCUCGUGAACGGACUCAGCAACAGCAACAUCAAGGAAGAGAGCGGCGCGGCAGCGACGGUAGAGAGGAGAGCGAAGAGGAUAGGGAAGAGGAGCACGACUACGGCCGCGAUGACGGCCUAUCGCUGCCACGCCGUUCUGUUCACGCGUACGUGGCGAACCUCCAUGCGGAGAAGCGGUGGCAGGAGACGCAGCAGCAAGUGGCAGCGGCGGAGCGUCGAGAUGCCUUCUGGCGGCAAAACCCCCGAAUUCAGGCGCGACUGCAGCAGCAGCAGCUACAGCAGCAACAGCUGCCGAAAACCUCGUACCGAAAUAGCAGCAGUGACCCUGCGUUGACUGCGACUGCCGCUGGACCGGCCUUAUCGCCGUAUGCCGACACAUCAGCGGUAGACGCCACAAUCAACGACAUCGACAAUGAGCUGCGUCGGCGGGAGCGGAGCCACGGCCGCUUACGAGCGACGAAGAACGAAGCUCGGCGCGAGCCCCCACAACCGUUGUUCGCGGCGUUAGCAUCACCACCGCGGCCCGUGCAGGACGCGGUGUACCUGCGCAACCUCCAAGAGGCAGCAGCGUUCGCUAGCCAACAGGUCCGUCCGGUGCCUCCACCAGAGCUUGCUCAGCCUGCCGACAAGGCAAUGAUGAGGGCAACAAGCGAAGAUGACGGCGCCUACCCUCCUCGCAUUUAUCCAAUACAAGAGAGCAGAGCAGCGGGCCCGCCAUCAGGCCACAACAGUCGAAUCCGGGUAGAACAGGUGACUCCACCCGCGUCUGUCGCUGCUCGUCUCGCGACUGCUGCCCCUUCACCACCUCCUCCGUCUGCCGACGUGCGUUUGACAAAGGACGCGGCUCUCUCCAAAGAGGCGGUGUUUUUGACUGAUGAGGAGCAGGCGAUGUUAGAUCAGCUGGAGGUGGCGCUGCGGCGACUCGACGGGCAGCACCGCCUUGACCACGCUGCAGCCGCUACAGCAGCGACGACGACCGCAGCCGGUGUAGACAGAACUGGCUACUAG